AUGUCUCUGUCCACCGUAUCCAUCAAGAGUCAUACGACUGCGUCGUCGCCGAUGCCGCAUGUGCUUUAUUCGGUGGAAGUCGAAGGAGACGGUACCGAACUAAGGUUUCUUGCCUUACACUCCUCCUUCGCCACACGACCACCCAUAUCGCUCCCUCCAAAGAGGAUCCUCGUCACGACCUUCAUUCCCUCCGCCUGUGUCGAUGAUUCCCUCAUCUCAGAACGCAAAGCUGGUCUCUCGGCAUAUCUCUCCUAUCUCGUCUCCUCCCCCGAGUACCGCGAUCUCCCUUCCCUUCGAGAGUUCCUCGCUGUUGGUGACGGUCAGGGCACAGAAGGGGAGAGACCAGACGAAAGGUUUGAUUUGGAAGAUGCGUUGCCGAGUACGAUGACGAGGAAGAAGGAGCUGGAGUUGAAGGCCGAGAUGUUGAAGGCGGAUGCGAAUGGUGCGGCUAAGACCGGAGAGGGAGAAGCGAAGAGGGAGGCAACGUUCAUCGCCGCCUCUUAUUAUCCUGAUACGAUCGCCCCAGAGAAUAUUGACUAUUCGAAGUUCGAUAUCCUCUUAUAUGCCUUUGCCACGCCCAACUCGUCUUCGACCCUUACCUGGGACUCCGGUUCUCAGGCUCUCCUUCAACGGCUCGUGAGCUCUGCGAAUAGCAGUGGGGCUGGGACGAAGAUCGUUCUUUCGGCCGGAAGUUGGAGUGGGUCGUAUUGGUUCAGCCAGGCGAUGUCAUCCUCCGUGAACCGUACGGCGUUCAUCAAUGCGCUUUCGAGCGCUGUGAGCACUUAUGGGCUUUCCGGCAUCGACAUCGACUGGGAAUACCCCAACUCAACCGGCGCAGGAAAUCCCUUCUCCUCGUCCGACUCCGCCAACCUUCUUUCCUUCUUCACUUCUCUUCGUUCCAAACUCGGUGCCUCUUCGGCGAUCAUUUCAGCAGCAGUGACGGAUCUGCCUUGGUCGGGCUCGGACGAAAACCCGUUGACGGAUGUCUCGAGUUAUGCGGCGCAGAUGACUUAUGUGAAUAUAAUGAACUACGACAUCUUUCAAUCGUCGAGCACACCAGGCCCAAACGCGCCCCUCGGCGACCUAUGCGGAACAUCCUCCCUCCCGAAUUACUACGCCGAAGCUGCGUUCCUCCAAUGGACCUCCGCUGGCAUGCCCGCAUCCAAAGUUCUCCUUGGGCUACCUUUAUAUGGAUACGUGAGCGACAGCACGAAGACCGGUCUGACCGGGUCCUUGUUGCCCCCUUCGUCUUCUUCUGCUGCUCAAGGGAAUGGGGAUGCGAAGGUGGCGCCGAGAGCAAGGAAUGCGAGGCCGAGCCAUCCAACUAGUGGCGUUAAUGGGUUGACCGGGGCGAAGGGAGUGGAUGGGAAGGUGAAAGCACAAGAUGUGGAUUUGACGAGCUGGUACGGGCAGCAGAUCCCGUUCACCAAUAUCGUCAGUUCGGGCGCUCUGGUCCUCGGCUCGGAUGGGGCUUAUGGACAGGAUGGGGGGUUCACUAUGGCCUGGGAUGACUGUAGCGAUACACCGUUCUUGUAUGACACGUCGGAGAGCACGGUGGUCACGUACGAUGAUACGUAUUCACUCGGCGAUAAAGCCGCCUAUGCCAAGUCACAGUCGAUGGCUGGCUGUUUCACGUGGUCGAUGGACCAGGUACGUUCUUGCUGCUUUCGUCUUUUCAGUUCCAUUCUGUGUGCUAACAAACUAUACGUGUGUCGAACAGGACGAGAAAAGAGGAUUGUGUGCUGCGUCUGCAGGAAAUGUGGCCCCGGGCCGCGGCCGGCCACUGCCGGGUCGAACUUCACCGUCUCGUUCACCGUCUUCUCUCUAUCUCUGACUCGCACCGUCUCUCUCUCUCUCUUGCUCUGUCUCGCAAACCGUCCGUUUCUCUCGCUCUGUCCCGCUUUCUCUUGCUUUCAAUUCCGCUCCCUCUGGCUUUCUUUCACUUGUUGGUCCAUUCGUCCACCAUUCGGAGUCUUCAGUCAUUCUCCAUCCGCUUCCAUCUCCACUCGCCGUGGCUGCAACCUGUCCAGUUUCAAAAGACAUGAAAACGCGAGCCCAAAAGAGAGGAAACUCGUCGAAAGAGCCACAGGAAGAGGGACCGGCCCAUGCGCUUGA